UUGUAAGUGUGAACAUUGAUAUUAUGCAUUCACUUUGUUAUCAACAUUGAACAUUCAUAAGGAUUCAACAUUCAUAAGAAUCAACAUUCAUUAGAAUUUAAAGUGGCUUUGUUAUCAAGAUUGAGGUAGUUGAAUGUAUUCGUAUUUUUUAUGCAAAUUAAAAAAUGGCUUCAUCUUCUACUAAUGGAAUGAGAAUAAGAUUGAAGCCAAGAUUCUGUUAUUGUGGAAGAACAGCAUCCGUGCACAUUGUACGAACGAAUGAAAAUGGAAAUGAGGGACGCGUGUUUUUUGUUUGCCCAGACAAAUAUACUGUGAACGAACACUGCAAUUACUUGGCCUUCGCAGAUGAUGAUGACAACGAUGUUGCCUCCACAGAUAUAAGAACUGAAGAAAUUAAUGAGCUAAGGAGAAGGGUUGGUGAGCAUGAUAAAAGGCUCGAAAGGAUGGAGAAAAUUUUGAAGGCAAUGACUUAUGUCAUUGUAUUUUGUGUAUUUUUUUACUUUAUCAUGUAAAUGAAUGUAAUGGACAUAUUUUGGGAAGUGUUUGAAUGGAUGUAAUGGACAUAUGUGAAUGACCUAUUCUAUUAUGUAAUGGACGU